AUGACAAAUCUUGAUGUGAAACAUACAGAACCGGUUAAUUCUCAAGAAAUGAAUUCUAUUCAAAAAGCCGGAUCCUCAUACGGGAUAGGGUUCCGGCACCUGCAGAGCUUGUUGCUGUUCCUAUGCGUGGUCAGCGGAUACCUGAUCCGGGUGAACCUGUCCGUCACCAUUGUGGCCAUGAACCCCGUGGUCAACUCGACGGACUACUUUCGGGAACUGGCCGACCACGUGCCGAUAUUCGGGUGGACCAACUCGAUGCGGUCGGUGCUGCUCAGCACGUUCUUCGUCGGCUACCUGCUGGCCAACUUCCCGGCGUCCGUGCUCGGGUGCAGAUUUGACAACAAGACGCUACUGGCGUGCAGCAUGACCGUCUCGUCCUUGCUGACCAUCAUCAGCCCGCCGGUGGUAUACUCGUAUGGUGCCCCCGCCCUGGUGGCCAUCCGUUUCGCGCAGGGCCUGUCGUCGGCGUUCAUGUUCCCCAUGGUGCACGGCAUCAUGUCCAAGUGGGCGCCGCCGCACGAGCGAGGCCAGUUGGUCGGGUUCAUCAACAGUGGUAUACAGCUGGGCACCAUGAUCACGAUGGCCCUUUCUGGUGUGCUGUGCAGCAGAUCGGCGGGCUGGCCGAGAGUCUACUACCUGAGCGGCGCCUUUGGGUUGGCGUGGACGGCCAUCUGGCUACUGCUGGGCUCCGGGUCGCUGUCCACGCACCGGUUCGUCAGCCAGGCCGAGAAGGACUACAUCCAGAGGUCGCUCACCAACACCGUCGACCACGAUAGACGGUUGUCCGAUACUCCAUGGAAAUCCAUAUUCACGUCGUUGCCAGUGUGGGCCACCACCUUAGCGCACAUUGGCCAUAACUGGGGCUUUUGGCUACUGUUGACCGAGAUGCCAACAUUCAUCCACACGGUGCUCAAAUUCGAUAUUAAGGAAGAUGGUAUACUAUCCUCAUUACCAUAUCUCGCCAUGUUUGUGCUUCAGAUACCGGUCACCUUCAUUGCCGAUUUUCUGAACAAACGAGAAAUCACCAGCCUCACGGUGUCUAGAAAAAUAUGGAACACAAUAUCCAUGUGGGGUGGCACCAUCGGCUUAGUCAUGCUAGGUUUCAUUGAAGACACACACUUGACAAUCAUCCUUUACGUGUUCAUCGUAGCCAUAGGAUGUUCAUCAAACGCCGGGUUCAACAUAAAUCACAUGGAUCUAUCGCCCAACUAUGCAGGGCUCCUAAUGGGAAUCACCAAUACAGCCGCAGCUUCCGGAGGGAUCAUCGCCCCUCUGUUCGUCGGGCUCGUUGUCGACGAUCAGACUUCAGUUGCGGAAUGGCGAAUCGUGUUCAUCAGUGGUGCAAUAGUGCUAUUCAUAACAAAUUUGUUUUUUAUUAUAUUUGGCUCAGCCGAGACCCAGCCUUGGAAUUCAUUGCAAAAUAAAGAUUCUCUAAAAAUGGAUAAUACUAAACAAGAUAUUGAAAUUGUUGGAUAA